GUCGCAGGACGGCAGGGCAGGAGUCGCAGCCCUUUCGCCGGUCGCCGCCGCUCACUGCCUCACGCCCUCGCGCUUCGUCGAGUCCCGGUCGCCGGUCUCCGCUCAUCGCCCUCACGGCCCUCACCCAUCUCGGACUCUUGGUUCUUCACUUCUUCAAAGUUCCAACUCCAAGGUGGAAUUGAAGUGUUCCAGAAUCCAGAUUGACAGUAUGGUUGUAUGCCUAUAAGUCUAUAACUUCUGGACUUUAUGCAGAUUGGCAGUAUGAACUUGAUGAAGUAUGAAACUACGAAGAAUUCAGAUUCCAUAAAUCCAAGCCUCCAGACUCCAAAAUUUCAAUAAUCUAUUCCAGGGGCUCACCUCACUGGCCGAAAUAUACAUACCAGACAUUGUGAUUUUUUAGGAGUUAAAGUUGCUCCCUUUUUGAUCCUCAAUCCAAAUGGCUGGAACGCUGAUUUACAGAGCCACUCUCGACACGGAGAACCUACUCGAAGCAUCGCUGAGGGAAUCUUUCAACCUUCACGAACCACAUCUACGGCCACCCUUUUCUCUCAGAACUUUCACUCUGGACCAAUACUCGAGCCUCAACGAUGCCAUGCUUUUCGGCCUUCUACGGGAACCCCAUUUCGCGAAAACCCACAUCAAGCACCUCCACGCUAUCACCACUGAUGGGUAUUGCUACUUCACCUCUAUGAUUACCAGAAUCGUGGAUGAAUUGUAUGGAAAGUUUAUUGAUUCUGCGAAAAUUCAGCUGAUUUGGUUGACAAAUGAGAUGAUUAAUGUGUUAGCUGUAGGGUUUGAUAGGCUGCUAGUGGCUCUUCUAAGGCAAAUUGUAGGGGGAGAUUUCAGUGAAGGUAAUUUAUGGCUGUGUUCUGAGAUGGUUAGUGUUUUUCUUAACAAAUGGGACUGUAUACUAGAAGAAGAACCCUUGAUUUUGACUUAUGGUUUGUAUGUGUUUCUUAGGGUAUUGGCUGAUCAUAGUAGGUUAUGUAGUGAUCCAAGGCUAGAUGUGUUGAAGAGAUUGGAGAUAGAGUUUUGUAUUAGGGUUUUGAGGGAACAAUUUGCUUUGUGUUUGAAGAUAGGGAGGGAUCUCAUUAGGCUUUUACAAGAUUUGGUCCAUAUAGCUGAGUUUAAGUCCAUAUGGAAAGAUUUGUUGAAUCCAGGGCAGUUCAAAGUGGAUGGUUUUGAGGGUGUAUCGCAAAUAUAUUGUUUAAGGACACCAAGUUUGUAUUUUUCGCUUAGAAUCAUGCCUGAAAUGGAGAGGAAGUUGCGAUAUUUGGCUAUGAAUGUGAAGUUUGGGAAUCAGAGGAGGUACCAGGUGUGGUUUGCGAAAAAGUAUUUGUUUUUGUCGGAGAGGGAGACUCUUUUGGUAGACGUUGUUAGGUAUAUCUGCUCUAUGCGCCACCCCUCAGGUGAAGUUAUAGAACCCGAGGCAAUUCCGAGAUGGGCUGUGAUUGGUUGGUUGUUGAAGUGUUGCCGGAAAAGCUAUAUUGGAGCGAACUUGAAGCUGGCUUUGUUUUAUGAUUGGCUGUUCUUUGAUGAGAAGGAGGAUAAUGUAAUGAGCAUUGAACCUGCAGUUUUGUUGAUGGUGAACUCUAUUCCAAAGUAUGCUGAUGUGACCAACACCCUUCUUGAGUUUCUCUUGAUUUUGGUUGAGAAUUAUGAUGUUGAUAGGAAGGAUCUCAUCAUCAAUGGGGUAGUAAAUUCUAUUCAUGUUCUUGUUAGUAAAGGUGUUAUUGGCUCACUUGAUGUCUUGACUCACUGCGAUCUGCUGUCUCCCUUGCUCAGAGAAAUGCUCGGAAAAUUGUUACUACUCACCCAAACUACCCAUUCCGAAGACUUGCAAUGAGCCUGUCUUCCCGAUAAUAUUUAGAUCUCAUUACACAAACUGCCCACCAGUUUCAGCCAUGCUAGACAUGUUUGAAGAUGGGAAAAUUGAACUGAAGUGGGGAGUAGGUAGACUGAAAUUGGCUUCAAAAGCUAUUUUGGCUAACCGUAUAGAUAUAACAAGCAAAGAAGCAAGGGAGAUUGGCAUCGAUGGAUAGUGAGCAACAAGAGGGCAUGCUUGAAUAAGUUCACCGAAUCAACAAGUGUUUAUGAAAUCACCCUGCAAUCAAGAAUCCCUGAAAAGAAACAGAUAUGCUUUAGACACAAAGGUAUAAGAAUCAAAUACCAAAGCUCAUAAAAGGCAAGGAAUGCAUAUGUUUAUGAUUUGUUGUUUUUCCUGUUUUCUUUUCAUACUAAACCUACAGGGUUACCACUCAACAUCAUGUUAUGAAGAGAUGAAUUUGAUGUGUCAAUACAGUUCCAGUCUACGUAUAUGGUUUUGAAAGAGAGUUGAAAUUGCAGAUUUGCAAGAUAUGUAGAAAAUAAUAGUGAAUUGUAGUUGUGAUGAUAGUAGUGAAUUGCAGUUGUGAUGAUAUGGCAAUAGGACUCACUUUAAAAAAAGAGAGGUUUUUCCAAGGAUGUAGAUAGCGGAGUAGUAGUGAAUUGCAGUUGUGAUGAUAUGGCAGUAUGACUCACUUUCAAAAGAGAGAGUGUUUCGAGGACGUAGAUACGAAAUAGUAGUGAAUUGCAAUUGUGAUGAUAUGGAAGUAAGACUCACUUUCAAAAGAAUUGUCAAGAUAAGCUGGAAAGGGAAAGUCCAUCUUGCCAGCACUUGAGAAGGCAAUCGAAGAAUCGCCCAUGGUGGUGGUCGUCUUCUCCGAGCACUAUGCUGAUUCCACAUGGUGUUUGGAGGAACUGGUGAAAAUCAUGGAGUGUAUCAAGGUGAAAGGUCAUAUGGUUGUUCCCAUUUUCUAUGGUGUCGAUAUGGCGUGGAUUGGUGAGGAAACAGAAGGGAAAGUAUGGAGUAGACUUUGAAGGACAUGAGAAGAGAUUUGAGAAAGAAGGAAAAAAGGUGAAGAAAUGGAGGAAAGUGCUGGAGGAUGUAUCCUAAUUGUUCGGUUGGGAUCUGGACAACACUGAAAAUGGGUAAAUCUUUAAUUCUAGUAAUAUCUUAUACUCAAUUUCUCUUUAUGUCAUAAUUUAUAUCGUAUCUAAAUUUUGAGGUCAAUGGAUGUAAGUUAUAUCAAGUCAAAUAAAAUGUGUUUUCUUUUGCACCCA